GGAAGCAUUUUAUAUCAGACAGACGAGUGAGUCGGUCAACACAGACUACAAUGACAGACUCGGGUUCAAAGUUCAAAAUAUUCAAGUUUUUAAAGAUAAUUAUUAGUAGUCUUCUUAUUACGGUCAUAUUUUUAUUUACUAUAGCAACUAUCAGGACGUUCACACUGGACGUAAAUGUCGGACUUCAACUCGCACGCUGGGAAAAGACGAAAAACAUCUCGCUCGUCAUAGACCACCACCAGAGAGAGCAGCUUCUUAACCAUUUUAAAGAAGCUAUCAGGAUCCCAACAGUGUCGUUUUCAGAGACGGACAUCAACACCACCGCGCUGCUUGAAUUUGACAAGCUCCUCCGUACAGCCUUCCCCACCGUUUUCUCCUCAAGCCUGGUUCAUCAUGAAUUGGUGGCCAACUACAGCCACCUGUUCAGGGUGCAGGGGUCACAGCCGGACCUGGUGCCUUACCUGCUGCUGGCCCACAUUGAUGUAGUGCCUGCCAGAGAGUCGGAUGGCUGGGAGGUCCCGCCGUUUUCCGCAGAGGAGAAAGAUGGCUUCAUCUACGGCAGAGGGACCAUAGAUGACAAGGGCGCUGUAAUGGGAAUACUUCAGGCGCUGGAGUACUUGCUGGUGAAAGGCUACGCUCCACGCAGGGGGUUUUACAUCGGCCUUGGUCAUGAUGAAGAAGUCAGUGGUCACAAUGGGGCGAUGAACAUUGUGCGCGCACUGAAGCAGCGUGGCGUGCAGCUGUCGUUUGUCCUGGACGAGGGCCUGGCUAUACUUGAUGGAGUAAUCAGUGGCCUUGAUGGACCUGCUGCUCUAAUCGGGAUAAGUGAAAAGGGCUCAGCCACCGUAAAACUCAGCGUCACCAUGGCCCCCGGUCACUCCUCCAUGCCUCCCAGGGAGACCACCAUUGGCAUCUUGGCUGCAGCAGUCAAACGGCUGGAGGAGAACCCCAUGCCAAGGUUGUUUGGUCAUGGGCCUGAACGUGAGACCUUUGAGCAUCUGGCCCACAAGUUCAGUCUCCCAUUGAAGGUCGUAAUGUCAAAUCUGUGGCUGUUCUCUCCACUCCUGGGCAGGGUACUUGAGAGAAAGCCAGACACAAAUGCUUUUGUAAGGACAACCACGGCAGUCACUAUGUUCAAUGCAGGAGUUAAGGUGAAUGUCAUCCCUUCCAUUGCCGAAGCUUAUGUAAAUCUGCGAAUCCAUUCGGCACAGUCAUUACAAGAGGUCUUGGACCUCAUCCAUGCUACAGUGGGGGACCAGCGAGUGAAGAUAGAGCUUGUUAAUGGGUUUGACCCUCUACCCGUCAGCUCUGCUGAUGAGAAGUCCUUAGGCUUCCAGAUCAUUAAGAAAACCGUGUUGGACAUGUUCCCAAAGCUUACAAUUGCUCCAGGCAUCUGUAUUGGAAACACAGACAGUCGACACUUCAGAGACUUGACCAAGGAUAUUUAUCGCUUCGCCCCAAUCUGGUUUAAACCAGGUGAUGCUCAGAGAUUCCAUGGCAUCAAUGAAAGGAUUUCCACAAAGAACUACGAGGAGCUUAUAGUAUUUUACUUUAGUCUGAUUCAAAACUGUGAUAUUCAGAAGCUGCCCGAGUCACACAGCUCCACUCAUGAACUCUGAGGAAUUCUCACCUUUGGUCACAAAUAAGUUUCACCGGGGACUGUUGGUCAUAUUAAUUUCAGCUGCACCAAGAAAUUAACCGUUGCUUCUUUGUUCCUCAAUGGAAAAAAAAAUACAACAUUUCAGGACCAGAGGGGCCAAUUUCCUAACAACCAUUAAUUCUAGCACUAAACAUGUCAUCAGCCAUGAAUAAUAGACACAUACAGUUAUCAGUUAUGGUAAUUGCUGAGCAAUUGUGUAGUGCACCUUUUUGUUUGAGAUAAAGAUUUUGUGGAAGGUGCCUGUGAUGAAUUUAUUAUGUAAAAUAAAUAUUUCCUAGCUACUGAUAACACUGUAUCAAUACAGUCACUGUGGUGCGUACAACAAAGAAAUGACUAAUUGCUAAUAAAUUAUGAUCUUUUUUCACAAAAAGAUGCUGCUAUUUGUUGAAAUGAUGAAAUGGACUUUUAAGAAUGUAAUGGUGUGUAAUACAAUGCAUACUGAGUCAUUUCUGUGGGUUGAAUUUGCAAUUUUGAUGCAUUUGACGCAAGCAUAAUUUUAAAAAAAAAUGCAUUUUCAUGAUGUGAUUGUUGUUUCUGUGUUUUGCAAGAUUCUGUGCUGUAAAAUAAAUAAAAAUUAUGACUGAA